UGGCGGGCGUGACGUCAUAGAGCGGCGUCGGCCGAGGUCUGAGGGUGGCCGGGAGAGUAGUGUGGGCCCGGCCGGCGCGGGGAGCGGACGUUAGGGCCAUGUCGGGGUAGUACCACGCCCGCAUCAUUUUAAAAUAAUUAAAAAAAAAAUAUCCAGCUCAGCAGCCGACGCGUCUACGGACAUGGUCAUGGCCGAGAAACCGAAGGCGCCCGUCAAAGUGGGCUUCUAUGAUAUCGAAAAGACCAUUGGCAAGGGGAACUUCGCAGUGGUUAAAUUAGCCCGACAUCGCAUCACUAAAACUGAGGUGGCCAUUAAGAUCAUUGACAAGUCACAGCUGGACUCUGCUAACCUCCAGAAGGUCCACCGGGAAGUCAAGGUCUUGAAGACUCUCGACCAUCCUCACAUCAUCAAGCUCUACCAGGUGAACUACAUCGCCCGCUACGGCCGCAUGACCGAGCCCAUGGCGAGACGCAAGUUCUGGCAGAUACUCUCAGCCGUCGAGUACUGCCACAACCGCCGCAUAGUACACCGUGACCUCAAGGCGGAGAACCUGUUGAUGGACGUGAACAUGAACAUGAAGAUCGCGGACUGGGGCUUCAGCAACUACUACACUCCGGCCGACACUCUCAACACCUGGUGUGGCUCCCCGCCCUACGCCGCCCCCGAGGUCUUCGAGGGCAAGAAGUACAUCGGUCCUGAGAUUGAUAUUUGGAGCCUGGGGGUGGUGCUCUACGUGCUGGUGUGUGGGGCGCUGCCCUUCGACGGUGCCACCCUGCCUGCCCUCCGAGACCGGGUUCUCUCCGGCCGCUUCAGGAUCCCGUACUUCAUGUCCUCAGAUUGUGAGCAGCUAGUGAGAAAAAUGCUUGUGCUGGAACCAACACGGCGGUAUACGGUAGAACAAAUUAAGAGACAUCGAUGGAUGCAGGCAGAGGAGCCUCCUCGCUUGUCCUUUGACUCUCCUUCCAUCAGAGCAGAGAAGACAACUGAUCCUAAUGAACAGGUCCUAAGAGUCAUGCAAGAACUGGGUAUAGAUAUUAACAGAACUAGAGAGUCACUUGUGAGUGAAGCUUAUGAUAAUUAUACUGCCAUCUACUUGCUGCUGCUGGAACGCUUCAAGCAGCACCGGUCAUCGUUACACAGUGACAAACACGCUGGCCUAGAGCAACAGCGACGCAGACCUUCCAGUGUGGCAGAGGCAGCAAUGAGAAAGAUGUGUGCAAUGGUUCCUACAGGCAAAGCUUCACCAACAUCUACUAACAUACAUAUCACACAACUCACAGGAUCUUCAGGGAGUACCAUUGGGAGUAUGUCAACACCUCCAUUGUCUGAGGUAUCCACUGCAAGUAUUAUUAGCCCCCUCAUUACACAGGAAGGAAUGAUGAUAAGACCGUAUGGCCAUACAGGAAGAAUAUUGCCUGCAAUUCCAGGAGAACACCAAAGUAAUAUGCCACAUAGCUAUAUAUCAAAUUAUCCAAGCUUGGGGCCACGUGGAAGCAGUGUACCAGAGACGGAAGCAAUUACUACUAGCAUAACACCACACGUCUCUCCGCCCUUCAGAGAACAAAGCCAUGAUUCUCAGACUGAAUUUACACAUGGUUAUCAAAAUGUUGUUGCUACAAGUGGGGGUAUAUCAAUGGCAUUAGUAGGCAAAAGUUAUCGUGAUAAUGAGAGUGGUGCUUCUACCUCCAUUGAUGAGGGAGUAGAAGCUGAUAUGUGUGACUCAGAGUGUGGUUCCAUUGUUGGAGUUACUCGUAGUGGCCAUUGUAUGCUUCAGAACAUUAAAAGUGCCUCACAGCAGUCUUCAGAAACCUCUCAGUGCACUGACUCACCUCUUGGUAGUGUUACAAGCACAGAGUCUACUUUCGAAAGCUUCGAGUCACAGUUAGAGCCAGAUUUAGGAGCUUCUCUUUCAUCUUGUUCACAUGUGUCCUUGUCUACAAGACCCUUAAUGCAUGGAGUGCAAUCACGUUCUCUUCAGCCACAAGCACAGCUUGAUCCAUCUUCUGAUGCUCCUGACCGUGCUCACACUCGCUCGCCAGUCAACUUCCGUGAAGGCCGCCGUGCCUCGGAUGGUUUAGUUACACAAGGUGUUAUUGCAUUUCGGCAAAGAUUGCUCGAAACAGAAAAAGCUCGUGGUUUGACAGAGCUACAUAGUGUCCAACAGGAGCACCAAGCUCUUACUUCACUCUACCAGGCAGCUGCUGUUACUGGAUGUGAGGAGACAACGACCAGACAGCAACCUCUCCACUAUCAACAAACACAAUAUUGUCGACAAUGGAGACAUUCUUAUGCUGGUUCUGACGAGAUGAGUCGAGCUCCAUUAGUAAGACAGAGAGUAUCUUUGCCAGAUACUCUUAGUUUUACAACACAAAAGCUUUUGCAGGCCAAAGAUACCAUUAAAGAUACAGAUUAUUCAGUAAUUAAACCACUACAGCAGCAGCUUUUUCAACAUAGACUCCAGCAGAAACGUCAAAUUUUGCAAAAACAAGCAGCAUUCCCAAGACAAUCUUAUCCUGUUGGUUGUGAACUAUCUCGAAGGCAAAUGGUUCGGCAAGCAUCUUACAAGUUAGCACAGCAACAGCCUGUAUUGCCACCAUUACCUGCCGAACUUAGUGCUGCACAUCUCCUUGCUGGGUUAAAUCAGGCUGACCUGGCAUGUCCAACCAUUGCAGAACAUGUGGGAUUUGCAGAUCAGGAUGAGGAAGGCUGGGAGGGCAAUCCAGCUUGGAGGAAUAUUUCCUCUUGGGCACCAGAUACCACAGCUGCAAAUUGGCAUACGCUUCCCUCCACACUGGCUGCGUGUCAGAUUAGUGAAGCUCAGCAACAAUCUCAACCACCUGUCUCUACUACAGAUAGCCGGGCAUGGACUGGUCUUCAAGCCUGGCAUGGAGGUUGGCAUCAGGGUGGUGGUGCAGUAGGAGCAGCACCAUGGCAGCCAGUGGUAGGAACGAGCAUUCUGCCACAGACUGUUUGUGAAAGUCCCAUUCUUGAGAUGCCAGAACACAUGGAAACUUGAGGUUCAUUAUUUCUACCCAGCUUUCCAAAGCCUAUACCACGGCUGGCAACUAAAUUGACAGUUUGGAACCACAAUAAGUAAUGGUUCUUUAACAGUGACUGAAAAUACCACAUCCAUGCCGAAUAACCUGUUUGCCAUAAAUAUGGCUUACAAGAAAUGUAAGAGUUCUUAGAAUGAAUAGAGUUCUUACUAAUAUGUCACUAACUGCUUCCAUCACCUCUGUAACUCAGGCUGCAACAUAAAUACCAUAAAAUCUGGAAUGAAUCUACACUUUUGAUUUUCCAGAAAGCAAUGAUAACAAAAGGGAAUGAAAGGUAAUGUUGCUGCGUGUCAAUAGUAUGACAAUUUGAAUUUUAACCAAUUAAAUAUUUCACUUCAUGUGCUAAUAUUUCAUUUGGGAUUUCUACAGAAAUCAGCUCAUUGGAUUUAAAGCAUUCCAUUGUUUUAAUAAACGUGAUUGGAAUAUGUUAUUUCCAUGAUGGAAAUUGCUUUUUCUAAAAAUUAAAAAAGGUGUAGUAUAUCACUUGGAGGGGCCAAAUAUUACUUCAGUCACCCACUGUCUUAGACAGGGUUAGUAAGAAGCAGGAUAUUAAGCAUAGGAAGCUGUUACAUAUAAAAAUUGCAAUUUAAUUCAUCCAAGUAAAACAUUGCAGGCUUUCCAUAGGAUCAAGCCAAGAUUUUCCAAUUUAUUAAUAAGCAUCUAAGCGAGAGAUAUCUUUGCCGUAUCUGAGAAAACUGACCUUCACUGCCAGUGACGCCCACAAGCUGUAUAUAUAUAAUGGUUAAUACAAAUUAAGAUAGGAAAAGUUAUGUUCAUGGAAUGAGUGCUGUUUCACUCUUCAUUGUAAAAAAAAAUUGUUGCAGAAACUUCUAUUGUUUUUUUCUUUGUGAAAUAAAAUGGAAAGGAAAGAGAAGACAAUUACUGUACAGUUACCUCAGGAGUAGAAAGGCUUGGCUUCUCACAGCCGAACAAAAUGUUAGCGGUAAAUAUCGAUCAGAGAUGAUGAGAUGUCAAAGAUUAAUACAAUCAAAGAUAUCAGUAAUACUAGCCUGGCAAAAAUCAAAAGAAAUACAUAACAUGAUAUAAUAAUAAUAAUAAUAAUAAUAAUAAUUUUUUUUAUAAAAUCAGUAUUCCAUAGAUUGAUGCAUCUCUGGCAUUUUAAGUUAAUUGAUAUAAUUGUACAGAUUUAUCAGUGAAUGAGAAUAAUAUGUUAAUAUUAUUUUGAUCCAUAAUGAUUUUUUGUUUUUUGUGGCAUUCUAAGCUGUAAGACAUCUUUAAUUUCAAGACAGAUAGUCAAACUGAGAUGUAUAUAAGUACAGUAGUUUUAAUUACAGUACUGUAAUUUACAUGAGAUUUAAUUAUUGAACGAGUAAAAAAAAUUGGAGAUGUAAUGUACUGUACAUGAAAUUAAAUUUGUCUUCAGAUGUGAAUGUUGAUAUUGUUACUUUGAUAAUAUAACAUUUUCUGAAGAAUACAAAUUUUGCAACAAGUUUUGAAACAACGUAUCAAUAUAUUCUCACAAGGAAACUUCUAUGGAUGAGCAAGGUUGGACUCUCCAUGGCAAGAAUCCCUUCUCAGGCAAACUCAAUAUAAUGUGCUUCGGAGUCACCUUUCUAGUCAUUAAUGUUUAGUGCAAGAGAAAAAUACCACUGAAAGUGGAGGAGUUUGUUGAAGCUGUUGCAUAUUUUGAGUUUUUUAAUGUCUUAAUCUACAUUGUGUUAAAUGAAUAUUGAUAGUUUUGUUUUAUUUCUUAUUAAAAGGGAAAUUGUAACCCCAAAAUCUGUGAAUCUAAGUGUAAUUGCUCCUGCAAACUUUUUCCUGCUUGUGGUGGCCUACAUGGCAUCCCACGAAGACUGAUGACAAAUGCAGUAUGGACACCGAUAUCAGGCUAGCUUUAUGAAUUUCCUAUGAGACAUGUACAGUUUUCCCAAAUAAAGUUUUAUUCCUGGACUUAUAACUUCUAUCAGUAGUAACUGCAUCACCGUGAGGCUCCAUCCCUCUUCUAGUUACCUCGUAUGCAUAUAAAAUUCAUAAACAUGGGCUUUCCGUUAAUUUUUAGUAAUGUGGGUACGGUAGUUUCAUUGUAUAUGUGACAAUAUUAGGAUUUGCGAAUCUUUCUGAAAUGUUAUAUUUAUCCAUAUAACUGUACUGUAUAUGGAAAUAAAAUCCAGUUAGAACUGGAAGGAUUUAACAUAUGCUAAUUUUUAAACAUAUACAAGUAAGACUUGCAUGCCAUAAUUAAAUGAUUACUAGGGUAGAAAGUCAUUACAAAAUUACAUGUUUAGAAUCCCUCUUACCAAUUAUAAGUAAAUUUUAAUUUAUAAAUGCUAUAUACAGAAUUUGAUUCAUAGGAGAAAUUUAAUUAUUGAUAAUUAUAGAUUCGAGUUAAUUUAUUUAGAUUGGAGUGCAGUACUGUAAACAUAAAGAAUGAAACAUAAGAUUGAACUUUCCUUACAUUGCAGAAAGUCUCACCCAUGUAUCUACCAGAUCAGCAAACAACACAUUGAUUUCAUUUGAUGCUGUCAGAUAAUCUCAUUCUUUUUGUGUAGACUUCAUGAUGCAAAUGCAGGUCUCCAUUGACAAUAGGAUCAGAUUCUGUAAGUGAACCCCACAAAUGCAACUAUUACCGAUAUCUUCUGACAUUCUGUUUGUGAUUAAACUGUGGAAGAUUUUACAUCACUUAAUUUAGUCUGAGCAGUAAUCUAACACAGUAGUUCAGGGAAAGAUCAGAGAAAUUGGAGAAAUAUCAUAUAAAUAGUAAUGAGUAAAUUACAGGACCUCUGUAAUUUCUUUGAGUUAGAAAAUGACUACACAGGAAAACAUUAGUCAUACUUACUCUCCCAAUGGAAAUCAAUUGAGACAUUUCCGUUUUGUAUUUGAAAUGUGAGAGGAGUUGUAAUGUUCAGAAUUAUUUGCUGACUUUUGGGACAAAUAUUAAUACUGUAUUAUUCAUACUAUACUGUACUUUCAUAUUAUUUUACUAUUUUUUUGCUCCUGGAAAUAAUCUAUAUAUGUUAGUGUGUUAAUGAUGAGUAUACUGCAUCUUGAUGGCAGAUCCUGGAAUCUGAGAACAUGGAAUGGACAGCAUAUGAGAGGCCUCUAGGUUAUACAGAACACUAUCUUCUGAAAGUUUUGCAUGAUUUUUAAACUUAAUGUUCCCAAAAAUCAUAACUUUAGUAGGCAAGAUUAUUUAUAUAUGCAUACAGUAUAUAUAAUAUGGGUCUGAAAGAUAACUUUCACAAUUAGUGAAUGAGGGACUUCUAAUUGUUGGUUUGCCACUGCAACUAUUUUAGGAUAGUGCAUUUAACCUUACAGUGGUCACAAUUUGUUCCUUUAUAAUUAU